AUGCGUCCCAGCUCGGCGACUACGCCACCCCUCCUCCCCCGCGUCGAUGCUCAUCGUGCUCCUGCUCUACCUCUGCGUCGCUGCUCAUCGUGCUCCUGCUCUACCUCUGCGUCGCCAUCGCCGUCCGCCGCUUCCGCUCCCGCCACCCCUGCGCCGGCGGCCAGGACGAGGAGGGCGGCCGCGGCGCCCCGUCCCAAACCUAGUCCUCCCGCGCCGCCGCGUUCCUCCGCCGCGUUCCUCCGCCGCCACGGCCUCCACCACAACCGCCCAUCCUUCACCUACGAGCAGCCUCGCGCCGCCACCGCCGGCUCGACGCCGCGCGGAAGCUCGGCGACGGCGGCCGGGACGGUCUACCUCGGCUACCUCCCGCCCGCCGCCCGCCCCGCCGCCGUCAAGCGCUCGCACGUGCCGCCUCUCCCGGGCCCGUCCCUCCCCUCCGCCGCCGCCGCCAUCUUGAUGGCCGCAGGAUGGAGGCGCCGGGGCGCGGUCGAGCGGCGCGUGGGGAGAGAGGGCCGGAGCGCGUGA